GCCGCCCCUUCCGGCGCGACGAUGGCGGCGGCGGCGGCGGCGGAGCCCGAGGAGGAGCUGGCGCACGCUGAGGUGCUGGAGCUCUUCCAGGAGGCGCUUGCGCGCCUGGUGCAGGACCCGCUGCUCUGUGACCUCCCGCCGCAGGUGACGGCGGAGGAGAUCGGCUCGCAGGUGGCGCUGGAGUACGGGCAGGCCAUGACCGUGCGCGUCUGCAAAGCGGACGGCGAGACCAUGCCCGUGGUGGUGGUGCAGAACGCCUCGGUGCUGGACCUGAAGAAGGCGCUGCGGCGGCACGUCCAGCUGCGGCAGGCCCGGCAGGGCGGCGUGCAGCACCUCAGCUGGAAGUACAUCUGGAGGACGUACCAUUUAACCUACGGCGGAGAGAAGCUGGCAGAUGAUAGAAAGAAGCUGCGAGAGUAUGGCAUCAGAAACCGGGAUGAGGUCAGCUUCAUAAAGAAGCUUCGAAAGUAACCUGUCAGAAACCAGAGUUCAACCAAGUAAUUGUUCUCAGAAGACAGGACACACCAUGAGACUUAUGGUCAUGAUAUUUCUGUGCAGCUGAUGCACUCAACAGGAAGCACUAGCAGCACGUGUAAUAACCUGUUUGUAAUCUAUAUAGACAUGAUUCUGGUAUUAUGCUGCUAUUUUUAUAAAGUUGUGCACACAAACACAAGAUGUGGCUGAGACUCCAGCUUAGUUAUUUUAAAAUCAUCUCUGCUUCCUCUCCACAUCUGAAAAUAACGGGCACAGUGGCUGAGGAGUAGUGCCAAGAGCAGCUUUUCCAAACGCUUGGGGUUUUGUUUUGCGGCUCCAGGUAGCUGCGUUAGAAACUGUUGCUUUGUGACCACAGUAACCUUUUUUCUUC